AUGCAAUCAUCUCAACACUUCCGAUUCCAUUUUGAAAACAACCCUUUAAUACAUUUCCUUCAUAAAUUGAUAAAUAAAUGUUUGAUUUAAUUUUUUUAAUGGAUUAGAUUUGGAAAAUCACCAUAACCCAUUUAAAAGAACCUUAAAAAACCAGACAACUUAGAAAUACUCACUUUGCUAGACAAUUGCACAUUAAUUUUCAAGGAUGAUAGGAUAGCAUUAAGAAACAUGGUUAAAGAAGGUAAUCAAGAUGUCAUUGCAAUAUUGAAUCACUAUAAAAAGGGCAAUAAUCUAAAAGACUUGUCAACUGAUUUAAGGAAAUACCUUAGAAGAAAGGGAGACAAAGAAAACGAUAAGGUUCUCACUUGUCAAUCUCCUACAUCCAACAGAAUGUAAAAAGUCUAACAAUUGCAACUUCAACCUUUACAAAACAGUUAAAAGAAAUCUUGUCCUGAUUUAUGGAAACCAGUUGAAUAGCAAUCUCCAAAAACAAUUAACUUAGGUAAAAUUAAUUAAUUUGUCAAUGAUGUCCAGUUUUCAGAAAUUACAUUGAAUAAACCUAUUUCUAAACUAAUGUCUCUUAAUAAUAUGCAUUUCAUCAACCAGCCCAUAAUUAACUAGACCAUUCCUAAACAAUUCAAUAGAGCAGUUAAUUAUAAAACUAGUUCACAACAUUAAUUAUAGGAUUAAGAAAUUGAUAUCAAUCAAGACGAUGACAUCCAAUCUGAAUCUUCAAACGAAAGCAUUUUAAAUUAGAUCACCUAGCCUCCUCCUCAAAUCUAAGACAUUACUCCGAAAAAUGAAGUCAAACCAUCCCAAUUAUUUCAAAGUGGCCAUUCCACCUAUAUACAAAUUAACACCGCCUAAUCUUAUCUUUAGCCUCUAUUAUCCAUCUAAGAUAAAACAACAAAUCCCCAUAAAUCACAAGAAACUGAAAAUAAAAUUAUCGUUAAUGAUUCUCAAAAAUACUACAGUUUUUACAAUUAUUAAGAUUAUUAAAAAGCAGCUCAACCAUAAUACAAGCAUUUAUUCACUCAUUGGCCAUCCCUACUACAUAAAUUAGAUCAGCCUGAAUACGUUUCAAGUUGUAGAGUUGUUCCAUAUAUUAAUGCCACUCCAGAACAAAUAUUUACCGUUCUCUUUCCGAAUUCAAGCAGAGUCAAAAUUAGUUAUUAUGCUUUUGAGAACUAGUUAAAACACAACUUAUUAUAAAUUGAUAGAGACUCUCUGUUCAAGGAAUUAGAUAAAGAUCAAGACGAUUGGAUAAAUUACAGCGAAACUGGUGUUAUUCUAGAAGGUUUGUGUUUAUAAGUAGAAUAACCAAAGAAUUGCGUGAAGGUCAUUUUCGAAACUUUGAAAUCCACAUCGACUACUCCAAACACUUUAAGUCUUUCAGAUCUUGAACAAUUUGAAUAAAAAACUGAUUUUCAGUUCGCAAGAUAAUUAAUGCAAGAGGUAGAUGGUAAUCAAAAAGGGUAUCUAACUUAUUGGGAUUUAUAUAUGCAUCGUGACAUAUUUCUAAUGGAAAGAUUAUGCUAAAUAGUUUCAUCAAUUACAGGGGCCACUCAUACACAUUAUUGA